GGAAUGAAGAUACAUUGUACCUGCAAGAGGAACUUCUUUUCUCGAGUGAAGAAACUCCAGGUUGGUCAAUGGAAGUGUAUUGAGAACUUCUCAGUUACGCCAGCUACCGGAAAGUACAGAGCAACAAGCCACAAGUACAAGAUGUCCAUCACAGGCAGUACCAAUGUAACCAACUCCGAUCUGAAAAUCGAUGAUGAUUUCUUGACGUUAACUCCUUUACAACCAAUCAUGAAUGGAAGUCUUGAUUCAAAUUUUUUAGUUGAUGUUAUUGGUCGUGCCAUUGAUAUUGGUGAUGUUCAAGCUGUACAAGUAGGUGGGAAAGAAAACAAAAGGCUGGAACUUACCUUAAUCGAUUCAGAGGUCCCAAAUAAUGAGCUUGCAAUCUCAAGUGGUAGUGAUGAGAUUGAAAAACCUAAAGUAAUCAAACGCCAAUCUGAGAAUUGGUCUAUUUACCCAGAUAGAUCUAUACUGGAUAUCUUACAAUCCACUGAGGUUUCUUUGUUGAGCAUUGAAAGCGAAGACACGAAAGGUGCAUCUUUAACUCCAGUCUCCAAACGUUCAGGAAGUUCAAUGGAGAGUCAAAUAGAUGACCUUACUUCUGCUUCAAAGAAACAACGCUUUAAGAACAUCAAGCUGGAAAAGAAUGAUGGGGAGUAG